CUUAAGCACACCAAAACUAACUAGCUCAAUGGCUGGAGUUAGUAAGCUAAUGCUCAGCCUUCUCAUUUUGGCAUUUCUUCUUUCGUCUGCCGUUCAACCCACGGAUGCUUUCCGACCAACUCCCACCACCCGCAUUGACGGCGCUUCUGACAAAAUUCCUACUGGCAAUUUUUAUCACCCUACUUCUGGCGGCGGCGCAUCCUCACAUGUUGAUGCUUUCCGACCAACUACUCCCGGCAACAGCCCCGGCAUCGGUCACCACCGUGUUGCCCCCACCUUGAGUAAUAAUGAUAAAAUUAAAGCCGUUGGUCGUCCUA